UUUCCAAGAACCACAAGCUGAUGCAAGUCCUCCUGGGAACAAGUGAGAUAACCAAGUAGCAAAAGGCCCUGGCAGAGCCAAGCGAGAGCAGUGCAGCCACAGCCAGGGCAGCAUGGCAGGGCUCCACGUCCGCUCCGUUCUGGUGACUGGCGCCAACCGAGGCAUCGGCCUGGGGUUUGUCCAGCAUUUCCUGAGGAUGCCAAACCCACCACAAUGGAUUUUUGCAGGCUGUCGGGACCCCAAGGGACAGCGAGCACAGGAGUUACAGAAUUUGGCCUCCAAGCACCCCAACAUCAUCAUCAUCCCACUCGAAGUCUCCGACCCUGCCAGCAUCAAGGCAGCUGCAGCCAAGGUUGGGGAACACCUGGGGGGCUCUGGGCUCAACCUCCUCAUCAACAAUGCCGGAAUUUUGAAGGCACAGUCCCUUGAUAAUGAGACGCUGCAGGACAUGACCGAGAUUUACACCACCAACACAGUUGGACCCCUGCUGAUGGGCCAGGCGUUUCUGCCCUUGCUGAAGAAGGCUGCCCAGGGGAGCCCAGGCUCAGGGCUGAGCUGCAGCAAGGCUGCCAUUGUCAACAUGUCAAGCAUUGGCGGCUCCAUCACUUCUUUCUUUGGUUGGGAGUUGAUACAAGGUGUCUCAUACCGCUGCAGCAAGGCUGCUCUGAACAUGCUGAGCAAGUGCCAGUCCCUGGCGUACAAGGAGCACGGCAUCCUCUGCGUCGCUCUCCACCCCGGCUGGGUGCAAACUGACAUGGGCAGCUCAGCUGGACAAGUGCCCCCUGUGACAGUGGAUGACAGCGUGCUAGGGAUGCUGAAGGUCCUCUCCUCCCUCUCUGAGAAAAACACCGGUGCCUAUCUGGACUGGGAAGGGAAUGUCAUCCUGUGGUGAGACACCACUUCAGGAUCCUGGCACCCAAGAGGUCCUUUUGGCACUGCUCCCUCCUCUCCCAGAUCCUCAAUAAACUCUUGCUGAGACCCCCA